AAGUUCAACGAAAUAUAUAUAAUUUUCAUAUCGGAAUAGUUGUUUUGGUUUAUAAGGCGUGUGUGAAUUGUGUUUUAAGACAUAGACUGUCUCAAAAUAUUAAUUUAGGAAUUAAAAACGCCUUUCCUGGAUCCCCAAACUAUGUCUACCUUGGAUUUUUCAGAAGAACGGAGACUAGAGGAUUGGAACAAGUCUUUAACUGUUCGUCUGAUACCGAAUGAUAUCGUUUUAGCUUUGUAUCUUGUGAUCGGUGUGAUAGGAAAUACUGUUGUCUUAUGUGUGUAUAUCAUGAGGUUCAGGGGUCAGCACGGUGAACGAUAUUUUGUCCCCUUCCUGGCACUCGCAGACCUGCUGGCAUGUAUCACGUGCGUUACUUUCACUUUCUACUUAAAUUUUCAUCAGGCAGAUUUCAAAAACGAGACUUUCUGUAAAGUCAUGUGGCCUCUUGCGACAGGAACUACAUUCAUGUCUGUUUUUCUGCUGUUGGUGAUUACUAUUGAGAGGUAUUUUAAGGUUUGUCGACCCUUUCACGAAUUCAAACAUAAACGACUAUUUCUUUUCAUUAUUGUCACAAUGUCCGUAUUUAUAGCAGCACCAAGUCCGUUCUUUUUUGGAAGAAGAGCUACGUUUAUUCCGGAGAGGAAUUUGACACGUUACAGAUGCACCGUAAUAAAGGAUAUAAACAGUCCUGGACCGAAUAUCUAUGGGUUUGUUUUGGGUAUGUUUAGUAUUUUUACUCCUAUCACUAUAGCAGCUGUUUACAUCAGGAUUGGUUGGAAACUUCGGGGACAAUUGAGAUUCCGACAACAAUUUCUAUCAACAAGGAACUCACCCCAGUUAUCAAAAUCUUUGGGCAGAGAUUGUCAUGGCCAUUCCUGUGAAACGUUGAUUUUAGACAGGCAGCAUCAUGGCACUCAUUUCAAACUUUUUAAGGAGAAAAUAAUUCUCCAUCAAAAUCAUUCAUGUUCAACGGAAUUCAGUGAUCAUGAUGAUAGACGCAUGGCAGAUAUGAAACAAAGUCCUGACGAACAAACAGAAGAAACUAGACACUUUGCUAAUGAGGGAAUAGUAAGUCAUAAAACUAAUGAGGCGUCAAAGGAAAACAAAUGUGACAUGCCAGGAUGUGCGAAGACGGAAGUUCCUGGAAACGCCCGCCAUUUUUCAUUGGAUUCUGGAGUCCAUUUAAGAUCGGUCGCCGUACAGCUUUCUCAAUUUAGACAACGAACUUGUAGUUCAACACGAAAGAUACAAAUACCGACUAGUUCAUUAACAAACCACACUCCUAAAACAUGCGUUAACGUUGAAACAAAUGAACAAAUAGAAAGUGUUAAUAAGAACAAUAACCCUGAUUCGUUAACAAAGUUUCGAAGCAAUGUUUGUGAGGUAUGUCAUUUGCAAACGUCUGAAAAUGCUCAUGUCAUUUGCUACCGUAACGCUUAUUUCAAUUCAAGUGCGAUUUGGGGUAGACAACUUCCGGAAUACCCAGUACGUAGACACGUGAACGCCCAUAAAGGUCACCUUGGCAUGCAUCGGUUCACAAUCAUGUUCAUGCUCAUCACCGGUAUCUGUUUUCUCUGUUAUCUCCCAAAAAUUUUCCUCUUAAUUCUGGAAUCGGUGAUGACGUCAUUCUGGGUGUCAAUUCCUGACCAGUAUCUAGGAUUUGUCCUAUUCCUGUACCGUUUUUAUAUAUUUAAUAAUGUCUGCAAUCCUAUCAUUUACUGCCUGUUUGAUUUCCGUUUCAGGCGGGAAAUUAAGUUCCUCUGUUGUCGUCGACGCAUAAUGUAUUAGCUCCUAUUAUGACUGUAUGUAUUAAUAAAGUUGUGUUUUGACAUUGU